AUGGGAGUUCCUUCAUUAUACCGUUGGUUAUGUAAAACAGUUCCUAACCUUUCAAGAAGAGCUAUAGAACAUUUUGAUAUUGACCUAACACGUAAUAAUCCAAAUGGAAGAGAAUUUGAUAAUUUAUAUAUUGAUGUUAAUGGACUAAUACAUAAUUCUAUUGACAAACAAACUAUUGAAGAAGUUAUAGAACAUAUACAAAAUCAAUUAAUGAGAAUUAUUAUGAUAGUUAGACCUAGAAAUUUACUUUAUAUUGCUAUUGAUGGUGUAUGUCCGAUUGCAAAAAUGAUUCAACAAAGAAAGAGAAGAUUUACUACUGAUUGUCUUGAAGGAAAUGCUAUUACUCCAGGAACUGAACUUAUGGAAAAAAUUAGUACUGGAAUUGAAUCAUUUAUUUUAAAUCAAAUGAAUAAUAAAGGAUUAGAUUAUUGGAGAAGAGUUAAAGUUAUUGUUUCUGGUGUUCAUGUUCCAGGAGAAGGAGAACAUAAAAUUAUUGAAUAUAUUAGAAGUCAAGAACGAACAAAUGAAAGUCAUGUCAUUUAUGGAGAAGAUGCAGAUCUUUUAUUGUUAAGUUUAGUUCUUCAUUAUGACUCAAUAUUUAUAUUAAGGAAAGAUACAAGACAAAUAUUUGAUAAAAGUAAAAAAGGAAGUAAACCAGCAAGAAAUGGAAUAGGAAAAAGUAAAGUAAUAAAAGACAAAAUAAAAAAAAUUGAAAACGAAAAGGUUGCAAAAGAAAAAAAAGAAUUAAAAAAAGUCUUUGGAAGUGAUGAUGAUGAAUUUUUAAUUCCUUUUGAAUUUGCUAAUAUUUCUCUUAUUAGUAAAAGAUUAUCGGAAUUGUCUAGUCAAUAUGGAAAUCCUAUUGAAAGACUGGAAUUAGAAAAUGAUUUUAUUUAUUUAAUGUCAAUUGCUGGAAAUGAUUUUCUUCCAAAUAUUGAAGGAAUUGAUAUUUAUGCAGGAGCAUUAAAUACAGUGUUAAGUACUUAUUUCCAAUUACAUUCAAAAGGAAUUAAAAUUACAGAAAAUGGAAAAGUUAAUAAUAAUGGUGUUCAUACUUUUUUUAUAGAAUUGGUUCAAUAUGAACAAAAAUUAAUAGAGAAUCAAAUGAAAACUAGAAGAGGUUCUGCUCAACCAAUUUGUGGUUUUGUUAAUAUUGAUACAAAUAAAACAAUUAAAUUAGGACAAUCAGGAUACAAAGAACGUUAUGUUCAAACAUAUUUUAUGAAUAAAGAAGAAUAUAUUAAAGACACUGUUAAAAGUUAUUUAGAAGGAAUGAAUUGGGUUUUUAAUUAUUAUUGUGGUAAUACCUUUUCAUGGAAAUGGGGUUAUAAACCUCAUUAUGCACCAUUACUAUGUCAUUUUGUUGACUACUUUCAACCAAUAGAAGUUACUACAAUAGCAGAAGAUGAUGGUCCAGUUCAUCCUAUAGAACAACUCAUUGCUGUUUUACCUCCUAAAAGUAUUCAUCUUAUUCCAAAACCACUUCAAGCAAUUUACAACCUUCCAGAAUUCAAAAAAACUAUUCCAGAACAUGUGAUUAUUGACGUACAUGGACAAGAUGUUUCUUAUAAAGGAACACCAUUAGUUGGAUUCCCAGAUAUAUCUCUUAUUCAUCAAUAUGUAGAAGAACAUAUCAAAGAAUUAAAUAAACUUGAAUUAAUAAGAAAUCAAUUAUCACAAGAAGUAUUGUUUGUUUAUUAUAAAAUACCAAAUUUCAAUACAAUUAUAGAACCUACAGUAAUUGAUAUUAAACAUAAUGAAAUAAAAGGAAUAUUAAAAGAGAUGAAAUACUCUUUGCAUUCAUUCUAUUAUCCAAUUCAACAUGGAACAAUAAAAGAAUUACAAAACGAUUUGAUACUUGGGUAUUUUUUUACUCAUUCACCUCAAUAA